GAGCCCGGGCAGCCGCGAGCCCCGCGCGCGAGCGCGAGCAGGAGCCGGAGCGAGGAGCGGAGCGCGGAGCGAGGGCGCGAGGGAGGCCGAGCCGAGGGCGCGAGGCGCCGCGGCGCGAGGGGCGCGCGGCCACGAGGAAGUGUAGUUUCUUACAGGGCUGAAUUGAAACAACUUCAGCUGUUUGCUUUUAGGAUGUCUCGCCGCAAGCAAGCGAAACCGAGAUCCCUCAAAGACCCCAACUGUAAACUUGAAGACAAGACUGAAGAUGGAGAGGCAGUAGACUGUAAGAAGAGGCCGGAAGACGGAGAGGAGCUGGAAGACGAAGCUGUGCACAGCUGUGACAGCUGCCUCCAGGUGUUUGAGUCACUGAGCGAUAUCACAGAACACAAGAUUAAUCAAUGUCAGUUGACAGAUGGAGUGGAUGUUGAAGAUGAUCCCACGUGCUCUUGGCCAGCUUCCUCGCCUUCCAGCAAGGACCAGACUUCCCCCAGCCAUGGAGAAGGUUGCGACUUUGGAGAGGAAGAAGGCGGCCCCGGACUCCCGUACCCAUGCCAAUUCUGUGACAAGUCCUUUAGCCGCCUCAGCUACCUAAAGCACCAUGAGCAGAGCCACAGUGACAAGCUGCCUUUCAAAUGCACCUAUUGCAGUAGGCUGUUCAAACACAAGCGGAGCCGAGACCGCCAUAUCAAACUCCACACGGGGGACAAGAAGUACCACUGCAGCGAGUGUGAUGCUGCGUUCUCCCGAAGUGAUCACUUGAAGAUCCACUUAAAGACUCACACGUCCAACAAGCCAUAUAAAUGUGCCAUUUGUCGCCGCGGGUUCCUGUCCUCUAGCUCCUUACACGGACACAUGCAGGUACACGAGAGAAACAAGGACGGGUCCCAGUCUGGCUCCAGGAUGGAGGACUGGAAGAUGAAGGACACUCAGAAGUGCAGUCAGUGCGAGGAAGGCUUUGACUUCCCAGAAGACCUGCAGAAGCACAUCGCAGAGUGCCACCCCGAGUGCUCCCCAAACGAGGACCGAGCGGCCCUCCAGUGCAUCUACUGCCACGAGCUGUUUGUGGAGGAGACGUCCCUCAUGAACCACAUGGAGCAGGUGCAUGGCGGGGAGAAGAAGAACUCUUGCAGCAUCUGCUCUGAGAGUUUCCACACGGUUGAGGAACUGUACAGCCACAUGGACAGUCACCAGCAACCCGAGUCGUGCAACCACAGCAACAGCCCUUCCCUGGUCACCGUGGGCUACACUUCGGUGUCCAGCACGACUCCAGAUUCCAACCUCUCCGUGGACAGCUCAACCAUGGUGGAAGCCGCCCCGCCGAUCCCAAAGAGUCGAGGGAGGAAGCGGGCUGCCCAGCAAACCCCUGACAUGACCGUUCCCUCGAGUAAACAAGCGAAAGUUACCUACAGCUGUAUUUACUGCAACAAGCAGCUAUUUUCGAGCCUGGCAGUCCUGCAGAUUCACCUGAAAACUAUGCAUUUAGACAAGCCAGAACAGGCCCAUAUUUGUCAGUAUUGCUUGGAGGUGUUGCCCUCACUCUAUAACCUAAAUGAACAUCUUAAGCAAGUGCAUGAAGCUCAGGACCCAGGUCUGAUCGUCUCUGCCAUGCCUGCCAUAGUCUACCAGUGCAACUUCUGCUCCGAAGUUGUCAACGACCUCAACACUCUUCAGGAACACAUCCGAUGUUCUCACGGAUUUGCGAACCCUGCAGCUAAGGAUAGCAAUGCAUUCUUUUGUCCCCACUGCUACAUGGGGUUUCUCACUGACUCUUCCCUUGAAGAGCAUAUAAGGCAGGUCCAUUGCGACCUCAGCGGCUCCCGAUUCGGGUCGCCGGUGCUUGGGACUCCAAAAGAACCAGUAGUCGAAGUCUAUUCUUGUUCCUAUUGUACGAAUUCGCCGAUAUUCAACAGCGUUCUUAAACUGAACAAGCAUAUCAAAGAGAAUCAUAAAAACAUUCCCUUGGCCCUGAAUUAUAUUCACAAUGGGAAGAAAUCCAGGGCCUUGAGCCCCUUAUCUCCCGUGGCCAUAGAGCAGACGUCUCUUAAGAUGAUGCAGGCAGUGGGAAGUGCGCCUGCACGUCCGGCUGGAGAAUAUAUCUGUAAUCAGUGUGGUGCUAAGUACACAUCCCUAGACAGCUUUCAGACUCACCUAAAAACUCAUCUCGACACUGUGCUUCCAAAAUUGACCUGCCCUCAGUGCAACAAGGAAUUCCCCAACCAAGAAUCCUUGCUGAAGCACGUUACCAUCCAUUUUAUGAUCACCUCAACAUACUACAUCUGCGAGAGUUGCGAUAAGCAGUUCACAUCAGUGGACGACCUUCAGAAACACCUGCUGGACAUGCACACCUUUGUCUUCUUCCGGUGCACCCUCUGCCAGGAAGUGUUCGACUCAAAAGUCUCCAUUCAGCUCCACUUGGCCGUAAAGCACAGCAAUGAAAAGAAAGUCUACAGGUGCACAUCGUGCAACUGGGACUUCCGCAAUGAGACUGACCUACAACUCCACGUGAAACACAACCACCUGGAAAAUCAAGGGAAAGUGCACAAGUGCAUCUUCUGUGGUGAGUCUUUUGGCACCGAGGUGGAGCUGCAGUGUCAUAUCACCACUCACAGUAAGAAGUACAAUUGCAAAUUCUGCAGCAAAGCCUUCCACGCGAUCAUUUUGCUGGAGAAGCACUUGAGGGAGAAGCAUUGCGUGUUUGAAACCAAGACUCCCAACUGUGGAACGAACGGGGCUUCCGAGCAAGUGCAGAAGGAGGAGGUGGAGCUGCAGACCUUGCUGACCAACAGCCAGGAGUCCCAUAACAGUCACGAUGGGAGCGAAGAAGAUGUGGACACCUCGGAGCCCAUGUACGGGUGCGACAUCUGCGGGGCAGCCUACACCAUGGAGACCCUGCUGCAGAACCACCAGCUCCGAGACCACAACAUCAGACCCGGAGAGAGUGCCAUCGUGAAGAAGAAAGCCGAGCUCAUUAAAGGGAAUUACAAGUGUAACGUGUGCUCUCGAACCUUCUUCUCUGAGAACGGCCUCCGUGAACAUAUGCAGACCCACUUAGGCCCUGUGAAACACUACAUGUGCCCUAUUUGCGGGGAGCGGUUUCCCUCCCUUUUAACUCUUACCGAACACAAAGUCACGCACAGUAAGAGUCUUGAUACUGGAAACUGCCGGAUUUGCAAGAUGCCUCUCCAGAGCGAAGAGGAGUUUUUGGAGCAUUGCCAAAUGCACCCUGACUUGCGCAAUUCCCUGACGGGAUUUCGCUGCGUGGUCUGCAUGCAGACAGUGACGUCCACCUUAGAACUCAAAAUCCACGGGACAUUCCACAUGCAAAAGACAGGGAAUGGGUCUGCAGUCCAGACCACGGGGCGUGGCCAGCAUGUCCCCAAACUGUACAAGUGUGCGUCUUGCCUCAAAGAGUUCCGUUCCAAGCAAGAUCUGGUGAAGCUUGACAUCAAUGGCCUGCCAUAUGGUCUGUGCGCUGGCUGCGUCAGUCUCAGUAAGAGCGGCAGCCCAGGCAUCAACAUCCCUCCCGGCACGAGUAGACCGGGCUUGGGCCAGAAUGAGAAUCUGAGUGCCAUUGAGGGUAAAGGCAAGGCGGGGGGACUGAAGACGCGCUGUUCUAGCUGCAACGUUAAGUUUGAAUCUGAAAGUGAACUCCAGAACCACAUCCAAACGGUCCACCGAGAGCUCGUGCCAGAUAGCAACAGCACGCAGUUGAAAACUCCCCAAGUAUCGCCAAUGCCCAGAAUCAGUCCCUCCCAGUCGGAUGAGAAGAAGACCUAUCAGUGCAUCAAGUGUCAGAUGGUUUUCUACAAUGAAUGGGAUAUUCAGGUUCAUGUUGCAAAUCACAUGAUUGAUGAAGGACUGAACCAUGAAUGUAAGCUCUGCAGCCAGACCUUCGACUCCCCUGCCAAACUCCAGUGCCAUCUGAUAGAGCACAGCUUCGAAGGGAUGGGAGGUACCUUCAAGUGCCCCGUCUGCUUUACAGUGUUUGUUCAAGCAAACAAGUUGCAGCAGCAUAUUUUCUCUGCCCAUGGACAAGAAGACAAGAUCUAUGACUGCACACAAUGUCCACAGAAGUUUUUCUUCCAAACAGAGCUGCAGAUGACUUCCCGUCCUGAAUGGUCUACACCCUCUCCCCCGAUUCUCAGCCUGAUUCACGCUUACUCUCCCGCUGGUGCCCGUCAUUCCCUUCUAACCUUCUCCUCAUCACUCCAGCACCAGGCAAGUGUGACUCCUCUGAGAACUAAGUCGACUGUCUCUCACAAGAGAAUCAUACGAUGACCCAACACAGCAGUUAGUGCAAGUUCCGUCUCUCAAGGAGAAUUACUUUUGUGGCACAAAAAGGGAACAUGUUUUACUCUUUGCACGAAACUUUCAUUGUUAAUGUAUAAUAUUCAGAAACAUUGUAUUGUACCAUAAAACUUGUAUUAUCAAACUGUUGGAUGUUCAUGUGUUUGAACUUUUGAGCACCGGAUAGACUCCUUGUAUAUAAAGUGUUGCACAUGUAUUAUGUCGUCUGAUACUAAAAUGGUCUUAUAAAGACAAGUGGACUUGGGCCCUGUUCAGGCAGGAUUUAAAAAAAAAAAAUGUGAGCAAAACGGCUUAAGAGAAAGUAUUUUCGAGGAAGACAGAUUAAAACAACUUACAAAUGAGACUAUGUUUGGACUUCCUUUUAUUUACACUUAAGCCUAGAAUUUCUCUUUUGGUAUAUCAACGGUUAAAUCCAAGACUAUUUUUUAUUGCUGAAGAUUCUUGCAAACCACGAAGAGAUGUUCUCACAAAACAGAACCCCACAGCUGGAUAAGGCCCGUAUAUAUAUUUGUAAGCCUUGCAAUGUGACAGGUAGCAUCACUAUAUAUGCAAUAGUUGUUAUGUAGACUGUCAAAGAUUUUUUUUUUCCUGGAUACAUUUGAAGCUUUGAGUGUUCAAGGUUUUCCUUAAUGAUUUCACACAGCCAAAUUCUUGAAUCAGUUGAACUAACCUGUAUGUUACUGUUAUUAAUGUUUACUCUGCGGUCUGAACCUGGAGAUUACUGGAAUUGUUUUCCAAGAGGAAAUAAAUUCAGUUUACCAUUA